AUGCAUUAUCAGGCUUCUAUAUUUGAAGGUUUACCCUCAGAUAAAUUUUAUGCAAAGUUGAAUGAAAAUGUGUCUGAUCAAAUUGCAUAUGAAUCUUAUUCCGAUAUUUUAAAAAAAUAUUCAGAAAAUUACUCAUGGAUUUCUGAUGUUUGUAAGAAACUUCAAAGAAACUUAUCAAUAAUUGCAGAAGAAAAUACAAAGAAUGUCCCUUUCAGGAAGAAACAUUGGUACGAUGUAAAUUUCUGGUUAGUAGAGCAGGUAUAUAAAAACUUAUAUUAUAAUAGAAAUCAUGGAGAUUAUAAGAAUAUUAUUUCUACUUUUCUAGAUGUGUGGAAAAAAAUUAUUCAUGACAAAUACCCUCAAUAUAUUGAUUCAUUAGCUCCAGACGAAAUAUAUGAUAUGGACAUGAUGACAGAAAAUAAGUAUCUAUUUGAUUAUAUGGAAAAUUAUGAGGACCUUAAACAAAUUAUUAUUAACAAUUCUCAUAAUAUAUGCGAUAAACAUUUUGACUACUUUAAAAAGAGGGUUGCAUUAUAUUAUAAGUGGAAAGGUUGGUUCACAUUUAACAAUGGUAAAAAUAAUAAAUAUUUUGAUGAUUUUAACAAAUACGAUAUAAAAGAUUAUUUUUUUAGCUUACCGUGGUAUAAAAAAAUGACAUAUUAUUUUCACCCAUGUUAUAAUAAAAUUAUGGGAGCAUUAGAAGAAUUUAAAGAAUCAACUAUAGAGGUAAAAGCGGGAAAAGGAUAUAUGCAAAAUUCUGAAAUUUUUAUAGUAAAAAAAGCACCUGCAGUAAAUCAGACGCAAAGAAAUAAAGAACAAACAAAACUAAUGCCAAAAGUUCAAUUGGAUUCUUCAAAAAAUGAAAUAAAAUCAGAACAGAUUCAAAAUAUAUUAGAACAAAAUAGAAGUGUUACAGUAGAAUCUCCACGUUCUACAGUACAAUCUACCAGUUCUACAAUAGAGACCUCAAGUUCACCGGGAAAAUCUAUAAGUUCAGAGGGACCGACUAAAACACCAGAGGUAAUAUUUAAAUCUCCAGAGAUAACAACUACAACCUUCGAGGGACAAGAUAUAAACCUCACGGGACAAUCUACAAGUUCCACAAUAAAUUCAGCCAUUUUACUAAAUAAUGUAGAAGGUUUAGAUAUCAUUCCAUUAUCCGACACAUAUACAAUAAGUCCAUUUACAUCAUUCAUUAAUAAACCGUAUAUUAUUGUAGCUGUAUUUUUAUUUAUUUUUAUUCUUAGCUUUAUUUGGUAUAAGUAUAAUGUGGGAGGACAAUUAAUGUCACUUUAUCACAAAAGAAAAAAGAAAGAACAUAGGAAGUAUAUUCUUUAUAAAGAGUUGGCGCGACUAAAUCAGAGCUCUCAAUCCUUUUAUAGUGACUCUCAUAGGGAAAUAUAUAUGUUAACAUAUCAUGGCUGUUUAAGGAGUUGA